AUGGGCAAACGACCGCAUCAAGCGUAUGCUGAGGACAACGUCCAGGGUGACGAGCAGGAUUUCGACGUCCCUCCAGAUCGCGUCGGUUUUCCUCCACCACUUCGGCCUUUGCAACCAGCACCGGUACCUCAAGCCCAGCCCGGUACUCAACCCAGCGUUACUGCGAUACGACCCGAGCAAACUCAAUCCCACCUUGGACCGAGACCACAAGCCCCAGCGCAGCCAUUUUGCACGCUACCCCCUGCGACAACAGUGCCCAUAGACGCUGGUAACUUGAAUCCACUUCAGCCAUGCUGGCCACCACUGCCAGACAGCGACAACCUACCUCGAGACCUUUUAGCCUACGCUGAAGAGAUCUGCACGGUCGUGAACUCGCUGUGCGGCACGAGUUUUUGUAGCGAAGCAUUCCUUGAAUUUAGCCGACAUCAAGUCACCGUUCCAUCCGCAAGGCCAGUCUGGACUGUCCCAGAUAUAUCAGAGCAGAUCGAGGUCGGGUUUGUUUGCGGUAAGUCCCCAGACCGCUAUCGUCGGCAUGCCUAA